UUGCUUUAAAGCCAAUGCUCCUUCCACUUCUCUUGUUCUUCAUAUAAACCACAUAUCCUCUCCUCCCCAUCUCAUAGCAAAACCCUAAAAUUGAGAAAGAGAGAGAAAGAUGGGUAGAGGGAAGAUAGAGAUAAAGAGGAUAGAGAACGCAAACAACAGGGUGGUGACGUUCUCAAAGAGGAGGAAUGGGUUGGUUAAGAAGGCAAAAGAGAUCACAGUUCUUUGCGAUGCAAAAGUUGCUCUCAUAAUCUUUGCGAGUAAUGGUAAGAUGACUGAUUACUGUUGCCCUUCCAUGGAUCUUGGUGCUAUGUUGGACCAAUAUCAGAAGUUAUCUGGCAAGAAACUAUGGGAUGCUAAGCAUGAGAACCUGAGCAUUGAGAUUGAUAGGAUCAAAAAGGAGAAUGAUAGCUUACAACUGGAGCUCAGGCAUUUGAAGGGUGAAGAUAUACAGUCUCUCAACUUGAAAAACCUGAUGGCUGUAGAGCACGCCAUUGAACACGGCCUCGACAAAGUCCGAGACCGCCAGGAGGAGGUCGUCAUGUCAAAGAGGAGAAAUGAGAAGAUGAUGGCAGAGGAGCAUCGGCAACUCAUUUUCCAGCUGCAACAACAGGAAAUGGCUAUAGCUAGCAACGCAAGAGGAAUGAUGAUGAGAGGAGACCAUGAUGGACAGUUUGGAUAUAGAGUGCAGCCAAUUCAGCCAAAUCUUCAGGAAAAGAUUAUGUCUUUGGUCAUCGAUUGAUCUACGUACCAUCGAGGUUAAAUUAUAAUCUCAUCUAUCAAUAUGGUGAUCCUUUUGAUCAGUGUAUCAUGAUGUAUCUGUGUGUUGUAUUAAUCUAGAGCCACAAAUAUACUCUCUACUGAAGGCUGAAGCUGUAUGUGUGUUGUUUCCUUAACUUUGACCUAUAUGUGAUAUGGUUGCAUGUGGUGUGUUUGCUUAAA